AUGGGAAGACAUCGUACUCACCACGCAGCGCAGAAAUUGAUCACAGAUAUCCACAAAAAACUUGAUACUAAGCGUAACAGAGAUGUUAAACUGAAAAUGAAAAGAGCUAAACAUCAAGAAGCAGUAAAACAGCGUAUUUUGCAGAACCAAGCUGAAAUGGCUGCUCUCGAUGCCCCAGCACCAAAGGUUUCGCAAAAGAUUAAGCGUCAUAUCAACGAGAAAUUCAUGGAAAGAGUCCAAGCCUCACAAACAACUUAUGAUGCUCUUAUUCAACUUGUUGAUAACUGCGACGGAGCAAUUAUCGUCGUCGAUGCAAGAGAUGCCGAUGCUUGCCGCUUUAUCAAUGUUGAACACGAGUUAUCCGAGAAAAAAAAGCCAAUUAUGUUUGUUAUUACAAAAAUAGAUCUUGUUCCUCGUGAUGCCGUAGAGAAAUGGAUUGCUCACCUUACCCAAGUCGCCCCAACAGUCGCCAUCUCUCUCAAUUCCGCAAAACCAGAUAAUAAGAUUCUGAAGCAAAUCCAAGACUUCGCAGCUGAUCUCAAGAAGGUUGCUGUCUUAGGACCACAGAAAAUUGGCAAGACAAAGCUCAUCGAGUUACUUAAAGCAGAAAAAUUUGAAGAGUGUCCACCAUACAAAUGGACCCUCUGCGGCGUCGAUCUUGCUCUUAUUGACUCAUUUGAGUGGAAAGGACGCGCCAGAGAGUUCGCAAUUUCAUUCAUAGAGCGUUUACUUACAUCCGAGAAAUCUCCAGGCAUAAACCUUAUCGAGAAGCUCGAAAUCAAGAAGCCAAAGUCACCAGGAGACAUCCUCGCACAGUUUGGCAUCAAACGCGGUGUUGCAAAACACGAAUCUGGCGAAGCAUUCGUAAAAGCUCUUACAGACAAGGAAUGGAAGUGGGUUUCCAUCCCAGAUGUCGAAGAUAAAUGCGAGAUCUCCCCAGAACAGACAAAAGAAUUAGAACAAAGCUGCAAUGAAAAAAGUUCAGAUUUCGUUUACAUCGGACAGGAUGUUACAAUUAGAACAGAUGACAACGCUCUUAGAUGGAUCCCUCCUGUCCAGUCUGAUUCUGAAUCAGAAGAAGAACAGACAAAAGAUGAUGAUGAGAAGGAAAAAGAUGAUAAAGAAAAUGGAAAUGAAGAGGAAGAUGAUGAAUAA